GGGCGGCGAGAGUUACGGCUCCUGUUUCCGCGCAAUCACCUCAUCCCGAGGUCCCCUGGGGACAUCCUCGGAGCGUGAGAUACCGCGCAGCUCUUCCAUCGUCUUGUAGCAACACUGAGCGUCGGCUGUAGGAUUGCUGCUUCGUCCUCCGCAAAGUGGCGGGAGGCGCGGACAAGAUGGCUCCCAGCGUGGAAGCUUCGAGCGGGGACCGUGAGCCCCUUCCUCCUCUGGUGGUGGUGAUCGGUGCCGGAAGCAGCGGACUGCCCACCGUCAAGUCGUGUCUCGAAGAAGGACUGCGCGUCGUGUGCCUGGAGCGCACGGGCGGCGUGGGCGGCCUGUGGCGCUACACCGAGGAACCCGUGGAAGGCUGCGGCAGCGUGGCCCGCAACACGAUGCUCAACAGCUCCAAGGAGUUUUCCGCCUACAGCGACUUCCCGCCGCACGCCAGCUGCCCCAAUUUCAUGCAUCACUCCGGCAUGCUGGAAUACCUCACGCAGUACAGCAAACACUUUGACCUGGACUCGCACAUCCGUUUCAACCACGUUGUGGAGUCCGUGAGGAGAACGUCAGCCGGUGAAGUGGACGCUGGUGGCGGGGAUGGCAGUGAGCGUCGCUGGACAGUGUCCGGUCGAGACAAGACCACGGGCCAGAACUUCACGUUCCACGCGGACGCUGUGGUAGUGUGCAGCGGACACCAUGCUGUGCCAAAGUGGCCCGAUUUACCGGGCCUCCGAGACCAGUUCCGCGGUCGCGUGGUGCACGCGCGCGAAUACCGGAGGGCGUCCAUGUUCGAGGACCGCCGCGUGCUGGUGCUAGGCAUGGGAAACUCCGGAGGAGACAUCGCCGUCGAACUGAGCUACGUAUGUCCGCAGGUUCGUAAAGCGGCCCUUUAA